AUGGCCUGCUGCUCCACCAGCUUCUGCGGAUUCCCCAGCUGCUCCACCAGUGGGAACUGUGGCGCCAGCUGCUGCCGCCCCAACUGCUGCCAGACAGGCUGCUGCCAGCCCAGCGGCUGCCAGGAUAGCUGCUCCCAGCCCAGCUGCUGCCAGACCAGCUGCUGCCAACCCAGCUGCUGCCAGACCAGCUGCAGCCAGGAUAGCUGCUGUGGCUCCGGCUGUGGCUCUGGGAGUGGAAUUGGAGGUGGCCAGGRUGGAGCCAUGAGCUACCGCAUCAGGUGGUGCCGCCCAGACUGCCGCGUGGAGGGCACCUUCCUGCCACCCUGCUGCGUGGCGAGCUGCACACCCCCCACCUGCUGCCAGCUGCACCAUGCCCAGGCCUCCUGCUGCCGCCCAUCCUACUGUGGACAGUCCUGCUGCCGCCCAGCCUGCUGCUGCUACAGCUGCCCACCACCCUCCUGCUGUGAGCCCACCUGUUAA